CCUGCAGGUGUGCUCUUGUGUGCAGGUGUACUUGUAGUAUAAAAUCAAGGUUACUCAUCCCCUCCUUGCAGAUGUUUGUCUCAGAGUCCUGCUCGUAAGCCAGAGCUGUUUUGUGAGAGAGCUAGUCGCACCAACUCUGCUGUUCAGAAUAUUUUGAAUAACCAUGGUGAUCUACACAGUGAAGACAUACACAGGAAAUUGGGCCUUUGCAGGCACAAUGAGCUAUAUCUCCAUUCAACUUCAAGGUCUCAAGGACGAGAGCAAUGAAAUAUGUGUAGAUAGGAGCCUUUUCUCUGCGCCCUGUUAUCAAGGAUCAGAACAGACAUUCGAGGUACAGUGUAAAGAGGCCCUGGGGGAGCUCAUACUUGUCAAACUCCAUUCCAAGCCAUUUUUGGGUCUUAACAACCAGUGGUUUUGCGAUAAGAUCGUGAUUACAACGCCUGAAGGGGAUGAGAUUUUGUUUCCAUGCUACCGCUGGCUGGCCUGUAAUGAGAGUCUUGAUCUAAGACCUGCCAAAGCUUUGCUUGUGUUCCAGGACACCAACAAAGUAGCCCAAGAACAAAGGAGGAAGCAGCUAGAAAAUCGACAGGAUACAUAUAGGUGGCAUGUGUACGAUGAGGACAUGCCCCGCAUUACCAACUUUGAUUCUCCCUUUGCUCUGCCUGCUGAACUCCAGUUCUCUUUCACAAAGGAAAUUGAGAUUUUCUACACAGGAGGAAAACAGUUAGCUCUUCUGCAGCUAAAUGGAUUAGCUCGUUGCAGAGAUUCGUGGAAGAGCAUUAAAGAACUUGAUGCCCUCAUUUGCGGAAUUACAAAUGAAACCUUGGAUUAUGUUAGAAAGAACUGGGAUAAGGACGAGUUCUUUGGCUACCAGUUCCUGAAUGGCCUAAACCCCAUGAUGAUCCAGCGCUGCUCAAAGCUGCCCAAGAACUUCCCCGUCACAGAGGAGGUGGUCAAAGGUCUUCUUGGAAAAAGCACUUUAGAGGCGGAAAUAAAAAAAGGAAACAUAUUCCUGUGUGACUACAAGAUGCUGGAUGGAGUCAUAGGAAAUGUGGUGAACGGUGAACAGCAGUUUCUCACCGCUCCUCUGGUGCUGCUUCACCUCGACCAUCACGGCCUGAUGCUGCCCAUCGCCAUACAGUUAGGGCAAACACCUGGACCUGAGAACCCCAUCUUCCUGCCUACCGACUCCAAGCAUGACUGGCUGCUGGCUAAGAUCUGUGUACGGGCCGCGGAGUACUGCGUGCAAGAGGUCGACUUCCACCUGCUGAGAACUCACGUGCUGGCUGAGGUGUUCACCUUGGCAACGUUGCGGUGCCUCCCCUCCAUACACCCCCUUUACAAGCUCCUCAUUCCCCAUACUCGUUACACACUCCACAUCAAUAUCAUGGCACGAAAUCUGCUGAUUACCGAGGAGGGAGUCUUUGUGAGGUUGCUGAGGCGUGGAACCUCCUCCCUGACCUACAGCUCCCUCUGUCUGCCUGAGAACAUCUCUGAGAGAGGCCUGGAGGACGUCCCCAACUACUACUACAGAGAUGAUGGCAUACAACUGUGGAACAUCAUCUACAGGUAUGUAACAGGAGUCUUGCAACAUUACUACACAUCUGAUGAGCAUGUGCAGAAGGACACAGAACUGCAGAGCUGGAUCAGAGAGAUUUUCACCAAUGGAUUCCUGGGAAGGAGCAACACAGGAAUACCUGAGUCUUUUCAGAGAAUGGAAGAUCUCCUCAAGUUUGUUACCAUGGUGAUCUUCACUGUAUCAGCCCAGCAUGCUGCUCUCAACAAUGGACAGUUUGACUUUGGUGGCUGGAUGCCCAACUACCCCACUGCUCUCAGAAAGCCCCCUCCCAAAGAGAAAGGCCAAACCACGAUGGACACUAUCCUGGAAACCUUACCUAAUGUGAGCACAACAGUAAAUAGCAUGGCUAUCCUGAAAGUGCUCAGCAUAAAUUCAACAGACCAUUACCCUCUUGGAUGUUUUCCAGAAGAACUGUUUGACGAGGAAGUUCCUUGCCGUUGCAUCAAAGAUUUUCAGGAGUGGCUAAAGUUGUUGUCUGGUCGAAUUGAGGAUCGCAACAAGACGCUGAAGCAUCCCUACACUUAUCUAAACCCCAAAAAUGUGGACAACAGUGUGACACUUUAACCCUUCUUUACUUUUGUCUUUUCUAUUAAUAAUCUUGGCAAUGAA